AUGUCUACUUCACUUGAUACUCAAGGUGGCAACGGUUCAUCAAAUAUUAAUGCUAUACAAGACGCUUCAGCUUCCAGUGAGAGUACUCUUGCCUUUAUCUUGUUUAUUGUAAAAAAAGUAACUUUUGAAGAACUAACAAAAGAAUUGUUAAGCAAUCACUUUUACUCGUCUUAUAAUUAUCUUAAUUUGAAUAAUGUUUUCGUAUUUUAUUUUCAAUAUCCUAAUGAUCAAAGAAUCUAUCACAUAGCUUGUGAAAUGGUUCCAUAUUCGGCUAUAGUUCAGCAUUUAAACUUGAAUGUUUUUGGAAUCGAAUUGACAACAACAAACCCGUUGAAAUUUACUUGA